GUGAGCAAUAGGCGAUACAAAUGAACGCUCACAACGCUCGCGCUAAAGAGGUGGGUCGGCGUGAGCGUGUGACGUCACUAGUCAUCCAUAUUAUUUAUUUUCUUAAAGCUGUGUGUUUAUUCCAAAGAAGUUUCGUUAAAAAUAUGGAAAAAGUAACUUUAUACUGUCCCGAAAGUGAAAAAAUGUAUGAUGUAAUGUUGUCUCCUGAUGAUGCUCGUCGUGCUGCUUCAGAUAUUUCUUUUGCUACAACUCUUUUAAAUGCAGCAAUUAUAGAACAAAAUAAAGAAAAUGAGAUGAUGCAAGAUACAAUCAAUAAAAUUUCAACUAUAGAUAAUGAUUUGCCAAUAGAAGAAUGUGAAGAAGGUUCCCUAUAUCGAUGGACUGAUUCAUGUGUUAUUCUUUUAUUACGGACGUAUCAGGAACUAGAAACAAAAUUUACUAAUGGAAAGAUGUCACACAAAAAAUGUUGGGAACAGGUGGCUACAUUAUUAAAGGAAAAGGGAUACAAUGUAACGGGCCCUCAAUGUGCUUCAAAAUUAAGAAGUUUGAAAAAAACGUAUAAAUCGAUAAAAGAUUACAAUGCCAAAUCUGGCAACGAUCGACGUACCUGGCAACAUUUUGAGAUCAUGGAAGAAAUAUUUGCAAAAAGAGCUUGGUGCAAACCUGUUGCGCUUGCUUCAUCAAGUGGAUUAUUAAUAAAAAAUACGUCUUCUACAAGUUCAUGUACUAAUGAUAAUUCUUCUGAUGAUGAUAUUAGGUCUUCAGGCAGUACAAAGAUUACACGGACAUUAAUGGCAAAAUUGCUAGAAAAAAGACUUUCACAAAAAGAGAUUCAUGAACAGCGAAAACAAAAACGUCAUGAAGAUAGAAUGGUCAUGGAAGAAAAACUAAUUGAUUCACUUUCCAAGUUUCUUAAUAAGUGAUAUGUUUUAAUAUUUAAAACAUAUCACUUAUUAAAGUAAACCCUUUUUAGUUUUAUAUUUUUACUUGUGAUUAAAAAAUCCUAAAAAGAACGUUUUGGAACAGAGCCUUAAUAGUUAUUUUAUUUUUUUACAAACGCAAUGUAUAUUAUUACAUUUUUAAUAUUAGUUUAUAAAGACAAAGAACAAGUCUUUCAGUUCCUGUAUUCUUAUAACAUUUUAGUUUAUAUUAACUUUCGAUUAGUACCUGAUUGACUUUAUGAGUAUAUAUUAUUAUAUAGGGGAAGUUGGAGGAUAUUGAUACAGUCAUCAUAUCUCCACAUGGAAAAUAUCUAAGGUCAUUUAUUCGAGUGAGUCCCAGAUGCGCACAGUAA